AUGUCUGCUACUUUUUCUUCUAUUCCUCCUUUAGAAUCUGUCUUUAAUUUGAACGAAUUUGAAGUAAUUGCUUCAAAGACACUACCAGAUCAAGUAUAUGCUUAUUAUGCAUGUUCAGCAGAUGAUGAAGUAUCAUAUAGACAAAAUCAUCAUUCUUUCCACAAAAUAUAUUUUAGACCAAAAAUUUUAGUAGAUGUUACUGAUAUUGAUUUAACAACAGAAAUGUUUGGAAGAAAAUUUAAAUUCCCAUUUUACGUAAGUGCUACUGCAUUAUGUGGUUUAGGUAAUCCAGAAGGUGGUGAAGUUAGUAUUGUUAAAGCUUGCGGUAAUGAAGAAUUUUGUAUUCCACAAAUGAUUUCAACAUUUUCUUCAAACCCAUUAGAAGAUAUUGUUGCCGCUAAGAAUAAUGCUGCACAAGAACAAUGGUUUCAAUUAUAUGUUAACGGUGAUAGAACUAUCACUAAAGAAUUAAUCUUAAAGGCAGAAAAAUUGGGUGUAAAUGCAUUAUUUGUCACUGUUGAUGCUGCUCAACCUGGUAAUAGAGAACGUGAUCUAAGAUUUAAAUUCUCAAAUAAUGAUAAGAAAAAGGGACCUAAUGUUAUGAAGCAAGGUCAAACGGCUAAUGGUACAUCAGGUGCACUAUCGAAAUUGAUUGACACCGCUUUGACUUGGAAAGAUAUUGAAAACUUCAAGACUUUCACUAAUUUACCUAUUGUAUUAAAAGGUGUGCAAAGAGUUGAUGAUGUCAUCAAAGCCGCAGAGAUUGGUUGUAGUGGUGUAGUAUUAUCUAAUCAUGGUGGUAGACAAUUAGAUUUUUCCGUACCUCCUGUAGAAGUACUAGCAGAAGUGAUGCCCGUAUUAAGAAGUCGUGGGUUAGAUAAAAAGUUCAAUGUUUUUAUUGAUGGUGGUAUUCGUCGUGGUACAGAUGUAUUAAAGGCUCUAUGUUUAGGUGCAAGUGGUGUUGGUAUUGCGUCACCUUUCCUUUAUGCAAACUCUUUAUAUGGUACAGAAGGUGUAGAAAAAGCUUUCGAUUUAUUGAUUAAAGAAUUGAUCUUAUCUAUGAGAUUAUUAGGAGUUACAAGUAUUUCACAAUUAAAUCCAGAUCUUUUAGAUUUAAGAGGUUUGUAUGAUAGAUCUUUACCUUCAAAUUAUCCAUUCCAUCAUCAUGAUACCACUUACGAAACUAACGCUAGAUAUUAA